CAUAGGCCCGGCCCCCAGCGCGGCGCUGCGGUGGCGGCGUCGGCCGCGGCCCUCGCGCUCCCCCCGGCGGGGCCCCGCGGCUGCUCCCGGCUCCCCGCUCCCCGCUCGCGGCGGCGUCAUGGCGGGGCUGGAGCCGCUCUACGCCUCGGCGCGGGCCGCCAUCUCCCGCCCGCAGGACGCGCUGCUCUGCGGCGUCCACUGGGAGCUGGUGCGGCACGGCUACCGCUGCCUGGGCGCCGGCGACCAGCCAGGUCCUGAUGAAAGGAAGUCAGAGCUGCUGCCGGACGGCUGGCAGGCCAACAAGGAGCUGUACACGCUGCGCUACAAGUCCACGGACGAUUCCCGCGAGCUGCUGCUGAAGGCGAUCAUGGUGGAAGACAGCAUGAUCCUCAACGUCAUGGAUCGCAGCUCUCAGAAGGUGGCAGAUGUGACCUUGACGGUGGCCGAUUACAUCAACCCAGAACAUCUGGACGAUUUCCACAAAGUGUACAAGAACACCGAGGAGCUGAAGACGAGGAUUGCUUCGGGCAUCAUUGCUCCCUUCGGGGCCCCCACGGAAAAGGCCAAAAAGGAGCCCCAGGCUGAGAAGAAGGAUCCUGCCUUCCCUCGGGACUACGACCCUCUCAGGGUCCCUCCCCGGCAGCCGGCAGGCGCGAGAGAGCCAUCCUGGCCUUCUCCCACGGGCCCCUUUGCUGUUGGUGUGGAAGACCUGGAUCCUUUUAGAGGUCGGGGUGGAGGAAUGAUUGCUGAUCCUCUCAGAUCCGGGAUCCCGUGGCCUGGCCUAGACCCAUCUGCAGGUCUCCCGAGCCGGCUUCCCCCAGGAGCAGUUCCACCAGGUGCCAGAUUCGACCCCUUUGGUCCGUUAGGGGCCAACACGGCUGGGCCAAAUCCAGACCACCUUCCCCCGCAAGGCUACGAGGACGUGUUCAUGUGAGGAGUCUGGCACAUGGUUUCUCAGCUGGCUUCAGUGAGAAGAAUUUCCUGAGAAGCAGAAGUACUUUCAUGCCGUUGCUCACCCGCUUGGUGGACUUCAAUCUUUCCAGCAGUGUUUUUCCUCUCCCCACGCGGGGUGACCCGUGUUUCUGACCAGCUAUAAAGGUUUCCGUAUGUGUUGAACAGCAGAGGAGGCAGUAGGUUUAUCUUGUUCCUUUUCGAAGGUCCGCAGCCAUUUGUGCUCAGCUGAAACGCGCCUGCUGCACGCGAGACGGCGGCGUGGGGCGCGGAGCGGCGCUCCGAGAGCUGCCGGGUCGUUGGGAGGUUUCCUCCUCUGCCUCUCCAGGGCGGCACCGCUUCUGCCACUGGGUUUACGCAAGCGGUUGUUGCUGAGGCUGGAGCUGGCCUCUUGCCACCCCCGCGCUGAGGAGCUGCAGCUGGACCCGUGGCCCUUGUGGCCCCUGGGCUUAGAGGGAACCGACAGCAAAGCCUUAAAUUUACAUGAGAGGAGACGUAAGAGAGAAAUGUAAUUCCUGGCCCCACCUCGCGCCCUCUCUGCCCUGUAGUCCUGGUGUCUUCCAUCUCCGGGGUGCCAGCUCAUCACCCGCGCGACCGCCGCAUCCCGCGUCAGCUCCCUGGGCUCAGCCAUGCCGAGUCGCUCGGCAGAGCUGAGCCCAGCGCAGACCGGGGCCGUUCUGGUGACGCGCGGAGAGGGGGGAUUCACUUCCCUGUGCUUUGUGGAAGGGGUUUACAGGAAUGUCAUGAAGGUUGUUCAUGAGUUUCAAAUAAAAACCUGAUGAAACGUU